GUGAUAAAGAUUAAUUUCUGUAACAACGAAUGUGUAGCCGAAUGGUGACAUUGUUAUUGUUCUGAUUUUAUAUUCCUUCGGCCUCGGUUUGUUUUAAUUCUUGUUUGCAUUAAUUAUCCCUAUUAUCUUCAAGAAUUGUUGGUUAAUAUUGCUUGUAAAACUACGGCUAUCUUUGUGUUAUCAUCAUUAAUAACAAGUCACAAUCAUAGGUACAUUGGAAUUUGAAAUUAUAUUUAUGUAGUAAAGAAAAUUUAGUGAUAGAUUAUAAUUUUUUCGUUAAUCAUACAUAUGAUCGAUUUGCUCAUAGGUGUUUGUUGAUUUCUGUACAUUGCCCGCAGUCAUGAGUGAGCGUCCACAGCCACUGAAAGCCAUCAACAGGCUGUUCGAAGGCAAGGAGCCAUGGCAAAUUGUCACGAUGACCGCAUCGUCAGUGCUCGCCAUCGUGUGGGCACAUAGUCUGUACAAUGCCAAAGAUAGUGUCACAACGCGCAUGCGGCGCGAAUUCUUCAGAUGGCUUCGUCAAGUGCCAUUAGUGAGGAGGAAGAUUGAGGAGAAAAUGACGGACAUCAAACAAGGCUUCAAGAAAGACGUGGUCAAACGGCUGGCCGGGGUCAACAUACGGAGGGAACUACCAGAAAAUGGACUCACUGCGGAACAGAUUAGAGAAGAGGUUAUGGAUCAUCUCCAUUUAGGCGCAUACGACUGGAAGAGCGGCAACGUAUCCGGCGCUAUCUACCAUUUGAACGACGAGAUCGUGAAGGUGGCGUGUGAAGCGUACUCACAAACCGCGUACACAAAUCCACUACACGCGGACGUGUUCCCCGGAAUCAACAAGAUGGAGAGCGAGGUCGUCAGGAUGGCCGUCAAUCUGUUCCAUGGCGACGCUCAGUGUUGUGGCACGAUCACAACGGGCGGUACAGAGUCCAUAAUAAUGGCGUGCAAAGCGUUCCGUGACCUCGCUUACAGCAAAGGUAUAUCCAACCCGCAGAUUGUGGUACCCACGACAGUUCAUUGCGCUUUUGAUAAGGCCGCCCAAUAUUUGGGCUUGUCUGUGAAGAGUGUACGAGUGGAUCCUGACACUUUGGAGGUGGAUGUGGAUGCUGUGAGGAGGGCUGUCGGCAGGAGGACUUGUUUGAUAGUAGGCUCAGCGCCGAACUUCCCCUACGGUACCAUGGACAAUAUCGCCGCUUUAUCAGACAUCGCGAUAGAGUACGACGUUCCUCUCCACGUGGACGCUUGUCUGGGCGGAUUCCUGGCCGCUUUCAUGACCCAGGCUGGUCAUCAAGUGCCUGUGUUCGACUUCAGGUUGCCAGGAGUCGCUAGUAUAUCUGCGGAUACGCAUAAGUACGGAUACGCGCCUAAAGGUACAUCCGUAAUACUGUACAGGAAGCCAGAAUACAGACAUCACCAAUACACGGUGACAACUGAAUGGCCAGGCGGCGUUUAUGGAUCACCCACAGUCAAUGGCAGCCGCGCCGGCGGCUUGAUAGCGGCGUGCUGGGCCACCAUGAUGUUCGUGGGCCGAGACAGAUACGUCCGGAUGACUGACGAGAUAGUCAGGACCGCCAGAUAUGUGGAGGACGAAUUACGUAAAAUUGAUGGAAUUUUCGUGUUCGGAAAACCUGCUACGUCGGUGAUAGCUUUUGGUUCUAAGAAGUUCGACAUUUUCCAAAUGGCCGACUUGUUGCACAAGAAAGGAUGGAGUUUGAACGCUUUGCAGUUCCCUUCAGGCGUCCACAUCUGCAUAACUCAUGCGCACACGCAGGCGGGCGUGGCGGAGAGGUUCGUGUCCGACGUGUCGGCGGCCGCUGCGCACUGCGGCCGGCACGCGGGGGAGCCUGUACACGGGAAGAUGGCAAUAUACGGGGUAGCACAAGAGAUUCCAGACAGGAGCCUAGUCUCGGACAUCACAAAACACUUCAUUGACUCAAUGUACUAUCUUCCCGAACCGGGAGACGAGAAUUUAUAAAGCUAUUGGUUUAUUCCCGCGGGAAUUUUGACAUUAAAUAUUCUAAAUAUGGACCGAUGUCAAAAGUGGUUGCUUUGAUGGGCCGCUCAUUAGCGUAGCAGAUUUUCGCAUUUAUAAUAUUAAUAUGGGUUUUAAUGAUUUCCGAUUCAGAUUUAAAAGUAGGUAUUUAAAAAACAAAUACAAUCUAAAAAUAGUCUGUCAAUAAAAUUGCGUUCUAUCCAUGCACUUUUGUCUCCAACAGUACAUACUUAUUGUUGUUAAAGUUUGACCAGAAAUAUAGCAGAUUUGUUAAUGAGGGCGCUAGUUCUUUGUUUCAUAAAGCAAUGCCAAAUACUUAUGUCAUAUGGCUCGCCGUAAAAAUUCACAAAAAAAAAGUGGCUUCUCUCCCCUUAAAGGGAUUUUUUAUACCAGUUUCUAAGUAGUACUAUACCUAACACAUUCAAAUGAACGCGGUUUCCUCAGAUGUGUUGAUUUUUUAUUUCAGAGCAAUAGUUUUCUCGUUUUGUGAGUACAAACGUACAGACAGACAGACUGAAUAUCUAAAAUCACAUUUUUGGCUUCUGCUGGUCCUAUAAAGAUCCCCCUUUCCCUAUCUUUUUAAUUUUUCGCAAUAUGGCGAAUUAUGCCAUAUUUCUGGUCAAAUUGUUCAAUGUUGAUUUUGAAUCACAAGAUUAUUUUAAGAUACGUAUCUUAGUCUAAAAGUUAUGCGUGCCAAUAAUCCUUAGGCUUUAAAUGUAGUUUAUCAAAAAAAGUUCAAAAAGUUAGCAAGAACACUCGCAAACUGUUGUUAAACUUAAAAAAAUAUUAUUGAAAUGGAUAUUGAAGUGUUUCGAACAUAUUUUAUAGGUUACUCCAUACAAUUUUUUUCUGGUCACAUAAUAAUUAACUAUUUAAUAAUAUUUAAUGACUGUUUUACUAAUUUCUAAAUGGUAUAAUAAUAGCUGGUACGAGAUGUUUUUUUUUUGUAUAUCUUGAUCAUGAUCACAAAUAAAGAUGUGAAAUGUGUAUAAUAUGUUUUACCGAUUAAGUCAAUUUGUAUUUAACUAUAUAAUGUUGUUACAAUAAAAUCACAUUUAUGCA